AUGGCAUCCCCGCCGCCUGCUUCCACUGCGUCACAGGGCGCGACAUGGGACUCUGCACUACUCCGCGAAGCCGGUACAGCUAUGGGAGAGGAGUCAAAGGCUAAGGGCGCUCACGUGAUUACUGGUCCAACUAUCAAUAUCCAGCGUUCGCUGCUUGGUGGGCGUGGGUUCGAGAGUUUGUCUGACGAUCCGGUGCUUGCUGGUGUGGGGGCUGCGAGCUUGGUCAAUGGAAUACAGGAUACCGGUGUUGUGGCGUGUAUUAAGCACUUUGUUUGUAAUGACCAGGAGCAUGAGAGGAAUGCUGUGGAUGUGAUUAUUACCGACAGGGCAAUGAGAGAGAUCUACUUGCUUGCGUUCCAGAUUGCGGUCAGGGAGAGCAAGCCUGGUUCGUUCAUGACGGCCUAUAACAAGGUCAAUGGCACACACGUCAGCGAGAACCCGAAGAUACUGAAGAAUAUCUUGAGGGGAGAGUGGGCUUGGGAAGGCAUGACAAUGUGCGAUUGGUAG